GACUAAAGCCUACCUGGCCUGACUGGAGGCAGUCUCAAGAUGCGAAAACCAAACAUCGCGAGAAAUCCCCAUCGAAGCCUGUGCUGUCGGUGUAAACUCUCGUGAGAUCUUCUCUCCGUUUCUCCGCGUCCAAAAUCGGCUGCUGUCAUCUCGCAAGGACUCCAGAUUCUUUUUCUCAGCUAUAUAAUCUUAUUUCUCAAGGCUUUCAGUCUUUUACCUCAGUGGAUUGUUCUACAGAAAGGACUUGCAGCUUUCUGGAUUGUGAUUGGCUAGACGAAGCAAAACAUUGAAUCAUGGGUAAUAUUUUUGGCAAUCUGCUGAAGAGUCUAAUAGGGAAGAAAGAGAUGAGAAUUCUGAUGGUUGGAUUAGAUGCUGCUGGUAAAACCACUAUCCUUUACAAACUGAAGCUGGGAGAGAUUGUGACCACCAUCCCAACCAUUGGCUUUAAUGUGGAGACAGUGGAGUACAAGAACAUCAGCUUCACUGUGUGGGAUGUGGGUGGUCAGGAUAAAAUCAGACCACUCUGGAGACACUACUUUCAAAAUACACAGGGUCUUAUCUUCGUGGUUGACAGCAACGAUCGGGAGAGAGUGAACGAAGCGCGGGAGGAGUUAAUGCGGAUGCUCGCAGAAGACGAACUGCGUGAUGCUGUUCUUCUUGUCUUUGCAAACAAACAGGAUCUGCCAAAUGCUAUGAAUGCAGCUGAGAUCACAGAUAAACUCGGCCUCCACUCACUCCGCCACCGCAACUGGUAUAUACAAGCGACCUGUGCGACCAGCGGCGACGGUCUGUACGAAGGGCUCGACUGGCUUGCCAAUCAGCUCAAGAAUAAGAAGUGAGAGGCGGGAUUUUCAUUAUGUGGCCGUCUCUCACUUUGGGAAGGGGGUGGGACUAAUUUGGCCUUUGGAAUCGUUAUGUUUGAUUUUUCUUUGUUUCAUUUAGUUUCUUUUUGUUGUAUUCUGGCAAAUACAGUAUGUGGUUUAUAGA